AUGAGGAUCUGGGGUACUGAAGGAGCUGUUUGCGUGUAUUCUGCAGAACCCACCAGCCUGGUGUGCUACACGUGCAAGCUGCGGCUGCAGUCCGCGUGGCGCCUGGUGCAGCACGUCCAGACCUGCCACGGCGUCCGCCUCUACGAGUCCAGCCUCGGCGGGGGCGGCGUCGGCGUCGGGAGCGGUGGCCUGCCCUCGCCGCAGAGGCCCGCCGCGCCGCUGCCGCUGCCGCUGUCGCUGGUGCCCGGCGGCAGCUCGGCGGCCGCCAACACGUCGGGAGGCUCGCUCUCGUCGGGCUCGUCGGCCUCGUCGGGCUCGCCCGUCUGCUCGUCGGUCGGGCCGGGAAACGGGCUGGGAGGCGCCGGGAGCACAAGCUGCCUCCUGCCCCCGCCCGGCGCCUCCUCUCUCCUCCAUCCCCCCUCCAGCUGCAGCAGCACCACCACCACCGGCUCGCCGCUACUCCUCCACCAGGUUCCGGGGACGACGCACCCCUUCCCGGCGGGCCUCCACCACUUCCGUAGUAUGGAGCAGCUGGUGCAGGAGCAGCUGCGCCUCAACCCGCUGGCCGCCGCCGCCGCCGCCGUCGCAGCCGCCGCCGCCUCCUCCUCGUCGACGAGCUCCCCGUCGCCGUCGGCCGUCUCGUCGCUCGUCGCGUCGGCGUUCGCGCCGUCGGCGCAGCCGCUGGACAGGAUAGCGGCGGCCGUGGCUGCGGCGACCGCGGCCGUGCCCGGCGCAGGGGGACGGGAGGCAGCGCCGCCCACGCUCGACUUUUACUCGCAGAGGCUGCGACAGCUGGCCGGCACCACCAGCCCGGGGCCCGGGGGCGGCGCCGGAGGCGGAGGCGGCCUGGCUACGUCGCCCUCGCCGCGCAAGCAGAUGCUGACGCCGCCCUUUGGCAGCCCACCCCCACACCACCCCCAGCAGCGGCACGCCACGCCGCCCCCGUCACUGCCCCCCAUGUCCUCCUCCACCUCUACCGUGCCCACCGCCUCCACCUGCAUUCCAUCUACCUGCGCCGCCCCCACAGGACACACCACCAGCCCUGCCGACGCUUCGUCGCCUCUCGCCCUGUCUCUUGAAAAGCAGCAGCAGACGCCGCCCUCGGCAGGCAGCGACCAGCAGCCGGCGCCCGGAACGCCCACACCGCGACCCUCGUCUCCGCGGACGCCGCCCACGGGCCCGGCGCCGACGCCCUCGGACUCCGGCACAGCCGCCCCCGACGACGCCGGUGCCGCCGCCCCCGCCGACGGUGGCGUCGCGCAGAGCGGGCCCCUGACACCGUCUGCAGAGCCCGGCUCUCCGGGUCCGGACGCAGUGCGCGCCUGCGAGUUCUGCGGCAAGAAGUUCCGCUUCCAGAGCAACCUGAUAGUGCACCGGCGCACCCACACGGGCGAGAAGCCGUACAAGUGCGCCGUCUGCAACCACGCGUGCACGCAGUCCUCCAAGCUGAAGCGCCACAUGAAGAUCCACCGGCACUCGGCGUCUGCGCUGGCGCGCGUCACGCGCAGCUCUGUCGCCGCCGCGGCCGCCGCCGCCGCCGCCUCCGACGGCUCCGCCCCCGACGCCACCUCGCACAACAACAACAACAACGGUAGCAACCACACGACGCCCGAAAACGCGUCGCGCACGGGGAGCGUCGAGGCGCUGGACGACGACGACGGCGACGAGGACGACGAAGACGAGGAGGAGGACGAAGACGACGACGACGACGAGGACGAGGAGGAGGAGGAGGAGGAGAUGGAGCUGGAGGAGGAGGACGAAGACGACCUGGACGACGACGACCUCGGCGACGGGGACGGCGACGCGCCCGAGGACCUCACCACCAAGUCGACGUCGUCCACUCCGCCGGGCAACGUCACGUCCGGUGGUGGCGGUCAAGGAGACGGCAAGUCCGGAAGCGGUGCGGGGACGCCGAGGUCCGCCUCUGGUGCGCCGGCCACGCCGAUGGACAAGAUCUCUAACCAGGGUUCACUCGUGGGCGAGCUGAUCGACAAGUUCGGCCUGAGCAACAUCCAGCAGUACAGCGAGGCGUACAAGCAGGCGCUGCAGGAGUCGGUGGUCGGUUCGCACCUGAUGCAGCUGAAAGAGGAGAUCCUCGCAGGGCACCACGGGCAGCACCGGUCUGCUCUCAUUUCGGACAACAACAACCAAAAACACCUCUCGACCAGUGCACUGCUGUCAGCGACGAGUAAGGAAAAUGGCCUCACUGUGGAGAAGUCGGCGGCAGCGAUGCGAUUCCGGGAGGAAUUCGCGAAAAAUAUGAUGGCUGCAGGCCAACCGCCUCUGGACUUGAUGGGAGCCCCUCACGGUCUGUUCGGCGCGGCUGCAGCCGCAGCUGCUGCCGCUGCCGCUUUCGACUCCUCUUCGCCGUCGGCCGGCGCCUACGACGCGGCCAGCAAGAGGAUCAAACUGGAAUUGGACCACCACACGUCAUCCGUGUCGCAGCCGGCGCGAAGCGACCGAGCCGGUGAAGGUCCGGGCAGCGGACUCUAUGCCGGACUGUGGCUGCCGGCAAUGGCAGCGGCAGCCCACCACCGCGACCACCUCUUCGGCGGUGCAGGGGCGGGUGACACCGUGGAUCUUCUGGCGAACCACCACCGCAAGGACUCGCUGCUCAAGGUGGGCAAGUCCGGGCCCAGCCCGUCCACCCUCGCCGCGGCCCUCAACCUGGGCCUGCCGCCCACGUCGGCUGCGGCAGCGGCCGCCGCCGCAGUCGCAGCCCAGCAGCAGCAGCAACAGCAGCAGCAGUCACUCAAGAAGGACACGCGCCGCAAUGACACCUGCGAGUUCUGUGGCAAGGUGUUCAAGAACUGCAGCAACCUGACCGUGCACCGGCGCUCGCACACGGGAGAGAAGCCCUACAAGUGCGAGCUGUGCUCGUACGCGUGUGCCCAGUCGUCCAAGCUGACGCGCCACAUGAAGACGCACGGCCGCCUGGGUAAGGACGUGUACCGCUGCCGUUUCUGCGAGAUGCCCUUCUCUGUGCCGUCGACGCUCGAGAAGCACAUGCGCAAGUGCGUGGUGAACCAGAACAGCAAAGCGGCAGCCGCAGCCGCGGCGGCGGCGGCAGCGGCGGCGGCGGCAGCCGCCGGGGGCGGACACCUGCCGCUGGUCGGAGACGACACCGGCGACUCGUCCGCCUCCGCCACCAAGGACGCCACAUGA